AUGAGCAAUCCAAACAGCGUAAGUACAGAUAACAGAGUAAUGAAUCAUAACGAGCUGAAUGAUUCGCAAAAUGAAGAUCAAACAGAUUCACUUCUUUCUACAUCAAGCUCUGUCGCUAAACGAAAUUAUAAGAAGAUAUAUGGCUCUACGGACGAGGAAAAUUUGCAGUCUAUAGAGUUGAAUAAUGAUGUUUUAGAGUUACCAAAGGUCGUUCGAGAGUCUGUUCCCUUAGAAGAUGAUCCCAAUAUACCAGUAAUGACAUUUCGUUAUUUUAUACUAUCUACAAUUUUUAUUGUACCUGGAGCGUUUCUUGAUACUAUGAAUUCGUACCGAACUACGUCUGCAGUAUAUUCGAUAUUUUUUGUUCAGAUUGUUUCCCAUUGGGCUGGUAAAUGGAUGGCGAAAACUCUUCCGAAGAAGAAUGUCAAUGUAUGUGGCUUUGAAUUCAAUUUAAACCCCGGUCCUUGGUCCAUAAAGGAAACAGCAAUGAUAACAAUCACUGCUAAUAGUGGUGCAACUGGUAAUUUAGCUACUAAUGCUAUUUCUUUGGCUGAGUUACAUUUUAAUGAAAAGGUAAAUGCAGCGAUUGCAAUACUAUUUAUGUGGGCCAUUGUGUUUAUUGGAUACUCUUAUGCAGCCAUAGCUAAAUGUUUUGUUCUAUACGACCCACAGUUUACAUGGCCUCAGGCUUUAAUGCAAACUACCCUUUUGCAAUCACAGGCCAGAUCAGACAGAGAUUCAAAACAUGGCUCCAUGCAAAUGAAAGUAUUCUUCUAUGUCUUAUUAGCAGUAACAAUUUGGGAAUUUCUUCCAGAAUUCGCUUUUCCACUCACGUCAUCUUUGGCAAUACUUUGUUGGAUUGCGCCCUAUAACAAAACGGUCAACUUUAUAGGAUCCGGCAUGGGUGGUAUGGGAGUUCUUAAUUUUUCCUUAGACUGGGCAAAUAUAACAUCAUCUAUUAUGUUAUAUCCAUACUGGAUUCAGGUUAUUCAGUUUUUGGGAUUCGUAUUAGGUGCAUGGAUUAUGAUUCCGUUGGUGAAAUGGGGUGGCGUUACUUCAUUUAAACACGGGCUUAUGUCAAAUUCCUUAUUCUUGAGUAAUGGAACGCGAUACCCCACUGAUGAGUUAUUGACUGAUGAUUUGAGAUUGAAUAUGACCGCCUAUAAAUAUUAUGGUCCUGUGAAUUUGGGAGCGCAAAGAGCGUGGAAUAUGUUUUUUGAUUAUGCUGCUUAUAUUAGUGGGAUAGUCUGGGUUGUAUUGUUUGGCUAUGACCAAAUGAAAAACUCUCUUAAUGUUUUGAGAAAUACUUACACGACAAAGGAUCAAAAUGGUGGUUUCACUUCUAUUCAUUUACAGUAUACAGAUAGACUAAACAAACUACAAUCCAAAUAUGAAGAAGUACCUAUGUUUUGGUAUUUAAUUUUAUUCAUUAUUUCAUUUUCAACAUUAAUGUUUAUUUUUCUAUCAGGACAGAUGUUUUUGCCUUGGUGGUGUUGCAUUGUUGCAUUAGCUUUAGGUUCUAUCAUUGUUACGCCCUUAAGCUGGUUGUAUGCAUUAUCUAAUUUCCAAUUAGCCAUUGGUACCUUCAACGAGCUAUUUUAUGGUUAUAUGGUACAGAAUAUGAAGUCGGUUCAUCCAGUAAGUGCAGUUGUAUUUGGUGCAAUAUCAGGAAGUGCUUGGUAUCGAGCCCAGUAUCAUUUGCUUUGUAUGAGACUAGGAUUCUACAUACACUUGCCUCCUAAAGCAGUCUUUUUUUCUCAAAUAUAUGGAGAGAUUAUUGGUGUUCCAUUCAACUACAUUGCUCUAAGAUGGGUUCUUGACACUAAGCGAGAAUAUCUUGAUGGAACUAAGGAGGAUCCCUUGCACCAAUGGACAGGGCAAACAAUUACAUCAUAUCACACUAAUACAAUCAAUUAUGUCAUUUUGGGACCAAAGAGGCUAUUUUAUCACUAUCCAUUACUACCCUACGGCUUCCUUUUAGGAGCUAUAGCUCCUGUUGCAUUAUAUAUUUUACACAGAAAAUUUCCCAAUUCACGGUUAAAAUUCCGUUUAUGGAAUACUACUGUUUUCUUUUCAACCUUGAGUACAUUUUACGGUAAUCUUUCGACUGGUUAUGCUUCUAAGUUUAUAGGUGGAACAGUCACAAUGUACUGGGCAUACAAUUAUAGACAUUCUUUGUGGAAAUCAUACAAUUACAUUCUUGCUGCUGCAUUUGAUACUGGGUAUAAUUUUGCAGUCUUACUAAUAUUUUUACUUUUUUCAUUUGGAAGAACGAUUAGGAUGCCACCUUGGUGGGGUAAUAAUGAACAGAGUGUCGAACGUUGUUUUGCUCUCUAA